AUGCCGUUGGGCUUGGAUGACAUCAUUCUAGUCGUCGCAUCUGCUUCACCACUGCUUUGGCUAAAACGCCGAGAUUUAUUUUCCUCGAGUGUUCCGAGGAGGACGUUAACUGCAAGCGGAGGCGUAUCGUCCCCACAAACACCAGUGCGAAGGAGCCAAACAACCCCCUGUAUUUUACUUCCUGGCAUCAAGUCGGACCGCACACGAGGGAUUAAAAAUGGAGCGGAAGAGACGCUCGUGUCCAGCAGUGUUGUGGAAAAAUACAGCAAAGAGAUUAUUCACGAGUACCCGUGCGUCCCGCACCGCCGUGUUCAUUACGCAAGACACAACCGAACCUCGGCCACUGAGCUUCUGACGUGCUCCUCCGAAGAGAUUGCGGCGACAUUGAACAGAUACUCCGUAGCUGAAGUUUGCCGACUCCACGAAGCAAUUGAGUUAGAGGGUGAUUGGGAAGCUGCUCUUACAAUAACAGAGGGGGCGAAAAGUGGCGGCCACUUUGCGUACCUCAUCAAAAGAAACUUAGAGAGUGUCGUGCGGACGCUUCUCGCAACAGGACAUACUAAAAUGGCGGUUGACUACUGCGUGAAAUACGCACAAGAGGUGCUUCUUUCCGAUGACGUGCUUGUCUCAUUAUUUGAUGUUUGCAGGAACUCAGAGAAGGAAAGUUUGGACCUCUACGGGAGUGUUCAACCCUUCAAGUCUGAGUGGACACCAGUUGUAUACGCGUGCUGUCUGACCGUAGCCGCACGGUUUAAGUGGCAGGAGGCAUUGGUUGUUUAUCAUGACUACACAAAAAGGGGCUGCCAGUUGCAACAGUCGAGGAUGGCUCGACUACUAUCACAAGUAGCGGAACGUGGAGGGGUGAUUCUUAGACCCCGUGAAGUGCACGUUGGAGGUACUUUGGCUCCGCCAGUAACAAAGCCAUUGAAAUUUCUUUAUCACAUCCUUGUGCCGCUUGUCGCUGAUCGGCAACCAGAAAAACUUGAACAGUUCUACCGUACCAUGAUGGCAGAUGAACCAGAAUCUGCGGUGGACGUGCUGCUUAGGUGUCUCCACACGAAUAAUGGAAGGCAACUAGCUCUACAUUGGCUGCGCGAAUCCACACAAGCAAGUACCUCUGAUGUGCCCUCCCUACCCUGCUCUGACGAUGUGGUGGCCGUAGCCAACGCGUUGUACAGCAAGAAACCCACCACCAUGAACCUGAACUCACUGCUAAAUGUGUUGGCCCACCAAAAUCCAGCUUCACUACCAUCACAUGUUGGUGACCGGUUGUAUCAACAACUUUGUGACGCGACGAUGGCAGACACAGACGCGUAUGUGUUGGCCCGCACCGUAUCCAAUCGGCCCGGUCAUUGGCAGCUUGCCGCACGGUUUAUGUCCGCUAUGGUGGCGCGGAAGCAAUUUCAUGCGCUACCAUUACUUUCAUCCUACGUUGCCCAUCAAGGCCGCUGGGCGCUUGCAGCUAAGGCCAUGGCGGUUUGUUUGUCAAAUAGGGGCCCUUUUACUACAAAUAAUUUACAGUUGUGUGUACAGUCGUCGGUGUACGCCGGUCGUUGGCGCAGCGCAUUAUUCUGGAUGGAGCGUGCUCACACUGGUGGUGUAAAACUAGAGGCAGGCGUGUACAACGAUGCGUUAGCUGCGGCGAGCCGUUCCCCGUGGGUUUCAGCCCUACGAGCGGUAACCGCCAUGCAUGAAGCAGAGGGCGUCCCCUCCUCAGAUGCGAUCCUCGACGUCCUCGAGUCUGUCGGGGCACAGGGACAGGUGGAGAAAGCGCUGCAUGUUGUUUGCGCAACCGGUAAUGUUUUUUGGACUCCCUAA